AGCUGAGCCCACACAAUCCAAAAUCCGCCAUUGAAACAACAAUACCAGAAAUUCAAGAUACUCUCUCUCUCUCUGAUUCGAAUUUUCUGCCACAUUUGAAAUAUAUAAUUCCCACAAAUAUAGGGAGGGAAAAUUAAGGAAAAUGAAAAUGUUAGCUGCGCCUUCAGCUUCAGUUUCAGCUUCUCGCCUCAACUCUCCAUUUCUCUACUGCCCACUUAAGCUUUCUUCUUCAUUUCGUUUUUCGAGGAAGGCCCUUAAAAUUCAACGCUCUCCAGCUUCAUAUCCAUGCGUCAGGGCCGCUGAUCUUGACCAGAACACAAUAGUGGCGAUAACAGUUGGUGUGGUCAGUGUUGCAGUUGGGAUUGGGAUUCCUGUGUUCUAUGAAACCCAAAUUGACAAUGCUUCCAAAAGAGACAACACUCAGCCAUGCUUCCCCUGCAAUGGCAGUGGUGCUCAGAAAUGUAGAUUUUGCAUGGGUACUGGCAGUGUGACAGUUGAACUUGGUGGAGAUGAGAAAGAAGUCUCCCAAUGCAUCAACUGUGAUGGGGUUGGUUCUUUGACAUGCACCACAUGCCAAGGCAGUGGCAUUCAACCACGAUACCUUGAUCGCAGAGAAUUCAAGGAUGACGACUAAACGCUCUAGACAACAGGGCAACAUGUGGAGGAAUUCUAUGAUGCCUUAUUAACUUGUCACUGAGUUACGUCGGUGGGCAUUAACACGUUCUUUUACACGCAAACAGCUUCUUCUAUUUAUUUUCUUGCCUUAGAUGCGGAAAUCAUUCAUUACAUGUAUCAAUAACAAGGAAAUCCAUGGCAAUUUGUCAAAUCCAGUUGUUUACUUGAAAAUAGUUGGUGUUGAUGUAUGUUGUUGGAUUCCAAUAGAAAGGAAGAUCAAGCGUGUUUCUAUCUGUGAA